AUAAUUUCAGGAAAAAAAUCUGAAAGAUGUCGACUGGAGUACCCCAAAAAAUAGAAGCACAAGGAGGAAAAGAAGGCAAACAAUGGGAUGAUGGAGCCGAUCAUGAUGGUGUGGCUAAGAUAUAUGUAGCAGCUGGUGGUCUUGGAAUUGAGCAAAUCAGAUUCGAUUAUGUAAAGAACGGACAACCAAAGGAAGGAUCUUUUCAUGGUGUGAAAGGUAGAAGCACCAUUUCGACGAUUGAUAUUAGCCAUCCAGACGAGUAUCUCGUUUCGGUCGAGGGUUGGUACGACUCUUCCAAUAUCAUUCAAGGGAUUCAGUUUCAAUCCAACAAACACACUUCUCAGUACUUUGGAUACGAGUUUUCUGGUGAUGGUAAACAAUUUUCACUUCAAGUUAAGGACAAGAAGAUCAUUGGUUUCCAUGGGUUUGCUGAUACUCAUCUCAAUUCUCUUGGAGCUUAUUUUGCAUCCAUCUCUUCCUUGACUCCUCCCAACAAAGUGGAAGCUCAAGGAGGAAAUGGUGGGGAAACAUUCGACGAUGGUGCUUUUGAUCAUGUAAGAAAGGUUUAUGUUGGUCAAGGCGAGUCUGGUGUAGCUUAUGUCAAAUUCGAAUACGAAAAAGACGGGAAAAGUGAGACACGAGAGCAUGGUAAAAUGACAUUGUUAGGAACAGAGGAGUUUGAGGUUGACUCAGAUGAUUACAUCACAUCAGUUCAAGUUUCUGUCGACAAAGUCUUUGGUUAUAACAGCGACAUCGUCACUGCUCUUGUCUUCAAGACCUUCAAGGGUAAAACCUCACCGCCUUUUGGAAUGGUGACUGAGAAGAAAUUCGAACUUAAAGACGGUAAGGGAGGGAAACUUGCUGGAUUCCAUGGGAAAGCGAGUGAUGUUCUUUAUGCUCUUGGUGCUUAUUUCGCUCCAACAACUACUUCAAUUACUCCGUUGACACCUUCUACUGCUAAGAAGCUACAAGCAAGAGGUGGUAAUGGAGGAGCUUCUUGGGAUGAUGGUGUUUUUGAUGGCGUUAGAAAGAUACUUGUAGGUCAAGGAAACGAUGGAGUGGCUUUUGUCACGUUUGAGUACAACAAAGGCUCUCAAGCUAUCAUCGGUGAUGGUCAUGGGAAACAAACAGCACUUGGAACUGAAACGUUUGAGCUUGAUUAUCCAAGUGAGUAUAUCACUUCGGUGGAAGGUUACUAUGAUAAAAUCUUUGGAGUUGAAGCUGAAGUGGUGACGAGUCUAACGUUCAAGACUAACAAGAGAACGUCUCAGCCGUUUGGAAUGACUGCUGGGGAACAUUUCGAGCUUAAGGAAGACGGUUACAAGAUCGUUGGGUUCCACGGCAAAGCUGGUGAUGUGGUUCAUCAGAUCGGAGUCCAUGUUGUGCCCAUUUUCACAAAUUAAAGAAUUACUAUUUAGUUUUUCUCUCUGAUGAUUCCAUAAAAUAAGGUCCAUAUGGACCAUGCAUGCUUAUGGAUUUGGGUGUGUGUUUUAGCGUCAAUGUUUUAUGCGAACAUAUGAUGUUCUGCCUUCAUGUGUCUUGUCACUAGUUGAUUUUAAUAAAGGAUGUUUCUUUUC